CACUACGGGGCUCAACCAGAGUGACAAAAUACGGACUGUUUUACUCGCGAAAAGUCGACGAAGCAGAAAAGAGGAUCGAUAGAUCUACGCGCGCGAGGAGAAAGUUAUUACAUACAUACCUGCCCGGUGUGUUCACGUCUACCUUACUACCUGACUAUCUACCUACUUGCCUGAACCAGCGCGAUCGUCUUGGCUGUCUGCCUAUAUCUGUUUACCCGUUGCUGUUAUCCGGGAAUUCCCCUUGUUAAUCAUCUGUCAGUCAUUGUAUAAGGUGCAAGCCCGGAGAAGCGAUGGUGGAGGUGCUUUUGGAUCGUAUCGAUGGCCAGGAGGUGGCCGUCGUUGACUCGAAUUGCAUACCAGAGUCACCGACGAAAUGUUCGCCAACGGAGAAUUCGACAGCGAUCAACGAAAAGCUGUCGCCGAUUCAGGAGUUCUACUACGGCCAGAGCAUCUUUAUCACCGGCGGUACCGGUUUCAUGGGCAAGCUGCUGAUUGAGAAGCUGCUCAGGACGUGUCCCGGAGUGGCCUCGAUCUAUCUAUUGGUGCGCCCGAAGAAGGGCAAAGACGUGCAUCAACGCACCGAAGAGAUCUUUGAUGACGCGGUAAUUAUUUAAAAACUUAGGGACGAGCAGCCAAAGUUUCGGCAUCAAAUCGUCGCUAUAGCGGGAGAUUGCAGUCAACCGAAUCUUGGAAUAUCCCCGCAAAAUCGGGCCACUAUCAUUCGAGAGGUUUCAAUCGUCUUUCACGUCGCGGCUACGGUCAGAUUCGAUGAGAAGUUGAAACUAGCGGUACCCAUCAAUGUUAGAAGCACGAGAGACGUUUUGAAUCUUUGCAAGGAAAUCCCGAAUCUCAAGUCUUUUGUGCACGUGUCGACUGCGUACGCAAAUUGUCCGCAAAGCGUGAUCGAGGAGAAGUUUUAUGACCCGCCAAUGGACUCUGACAAACUAAUUGCGCUUAUGGAAUGUGUGGAAGAUAAGUUGGCUGAAGACAUCACUCCACAAUUAUUAGGAAAAUGGCCGAACACCUAUGCUUACACAAAGGCAGUUGCUGAGAAUGUGAUUAGAAAACAGGCUGGCGACUUGCCGAUUGGCAUUUUUCGUCCUGCCAUUGUAAUCUCAACAUAUUUGGAACCAGUGCGGGGUUGGAUCGAUAAUUUAUAUGGUCCUACGGGAGUUGCUGCUGGUGCAGGAACUGGAUUGUUGCGAUCAAUCCAUUGUGAUGGCUCGGUUCAUGCAAAUGUGGUACCUGCCGAUUUAACUGUUAACGCUCUAAUCGCGUGUGCGUGGGAUGUAGCAAACAUACAAAGAUCGAACAACAAAUCGCAUUCCGACAUUCCGAUUUAUAAUUAUGUGUCCAGCGACAAUCCGAUAACUUAUGAUCAAUUGAAGGAAAUGUCGGCGAAGUAUGGUCUCGAUAUUCCCUCGACCAGAGCAAUUUGGUAUUACAGCUUCAGAAACAAUAAACAUAAGAUAGUCCAUCUAUUCUUUGUGUAUUUUUGGCACUUAUUCCCGGCUUUGUUGAUCGAUACUGCGACUGUCUGCAUGGGAAGACAGCCGAGGUUACUUAAGGUUUAUAAAAAGAUACAUAAAUUUAUGGACGUCUUGAAUUACUUCGCUACGCAAGAGUGGAAAUUUACUAAUGACCGAUUGCAUGCGCUAAUGGCGAAGCUCACGUCCAAAGAUCGCGAAAAUUUCUUCUGCGAUAUACGAGAUAUUGAUUGGAACGUUUAUUUCGAGACAUAUAUUCGCGGAAUAAGGAUUUAUCUCAUUAAGGAUCCCUUGGACACUCUGCCGCAGGCACGUGUCAAAUGGCAAAGAUUAUACUGGUGCCAUCAAGCAUUAAAACUUAUACUAGCCUAUGCUGUUAUGAGGUUUUCGUGGAUGGCCAUAUCUACUCUCUUCAACUUUUUCAAAGUGUGACAGAGAAAUAAAAGUAAAUAAGAGGAGAAUCCCGAAAUUUAGGAUAUACGUCCUGGAAAUGCGAAAAUAAAUAAUGGUAGAAACAUCACAAAGAAGUGUGCAAUUUCAGAAAAACUCGGAAAGAAAGAAAUUAAAGAAUUAACGAAGAAUUAUCGCAUUGUAAUUCUGUGUAUAGAACAUAAUAUUACGUGCGAAUGUAAUGCAUAUAUACAGAUAUAUGUAUAUGUGAUAAAAGCAAAAAUUAUUUGAAUGACAAUUGGAAUAAUCGUAUUAUUCUAACUUCGGCGAUCUCCGCAAAUAAAUUGUAAGUAUAGACUUAUAUAUUAUUCUAUUUUUCUAAAGUAGAUUUAUAGAUAAAAGUUAUAUAAAAGCGAAGAGUUUAAUACAUCUCUGUGCCUUAGCGUAAAAUAUAUGCCCGGGGUAUUAUGCUAUAUUACGUAUAAGCAAAUUUAUUAUGGGAUCGACAAAGUAUUCGUUAUAUUAUCGUGAAUGAUUGUGGUUUGAAAAUAAUUUUAAUGAAAAAGAACAUUUUUAUUGAAAUAUAUAUAUAUAUAUAUAUAUAUGUAUAUAUAUAUAAAUGAUCUAUUGAAAGCAUUUAACAAUUGAGAGUAAACAAAUGAAUAAAUAAUAUAAAUUGCUUUUCUGAUUAUUUAAUCUAAAUUUCACUUGAGCGUUUUGAAAUUAGUUUGUCAUACAAAAUAUUUUAUAUUUCUAUAAUUUCUAUCUCUAUUCAAAGUGAAUUA